AAUGUGAUGAAUGAAUCAAUCGAAAAUUUAUUGAUAGUAAAGUUAAUCGGUUUUAAUAAUCAUACAUCUUGAACAAUGAUAAGAAUUUAUUGUUUAUUCUAUCAUCAAUUUUCGUAAUGAUUCUUAAUAAGUUUAGUGUCGCACCCAUCUUUAAAUUUACCGCAAUUCAACGGACUUUAUUAUCUCAAAUCCAGUUUUGUUUACAAACAAGUAUAUGAAGGACUUUAACUGUGCAUUGUCUUCUGAUCUUCCAGUAUUUUUUAAUUACUUUUAUAAAUAAUACAAUAUGCACCCUAACGAAGAUCUUAGAACGGUUUUAAGCAGUGCUCUCCAAGGUUCUGGUACUUAUAGCACAGCGGUUAUUCCACCUUCUUCCAUAGAUAUUACGAAUAGUAUCAAUUCUUCGUCAGUUGUGUGUCAAGAUUAUGUGAUCUCAGAGAGCAUUUUAGGUGAACAUCAUUCCGAUGGAAGAAUGUCUAGUGUUCGAAGGUUUUUUUGUUUAUUUGUUACAUUCGAUCUUUUAUUCACCUCUUUAAUGUGGUUGAUAUGCAUUAUGCUUAAUGGAGAUAGUAUAUGGGUUGCAAUUAAUAAAGAAAUUUAUCAUUAUAACAUACAUAAUUCUUUAUUCGACAUUGUGUUAGCUGCAAUGUGUCGUUUUACAGUACUACUUUUAUUUUAUGGGUUAUUACAUAUUAAUCAUUGGAUUAUUAUAGCUUUGUCAACAGCAGGAACAUGUGCUUUUUUAAUAUCAAAAGUUUUUGUGUACAAUUUCCAAGAUUCAUCUCAACCCGUUUUUCAAGUUUUAUUAGUGUUAACUUCUUUUGUACUUUCUUGGGUUGAAGUUUGGUUUCUUGAUUCUCGAGUCAUUCCUCAAGAAUCUCAAGCAAGACAAAUCAUUAUAUCAAGCCCUGAUACUGAAAGAACACCAUUGUUGAGAAGAUUUAUUCAAGGACAACAUGUGGUGCAACCUUCUGAGUACACAGAAAGUGUUGGAAAUUUUCAUUCAGUUCAAGGAUCUCCAACUGGGUCUUUAAAUCGGUUUGGGGAAACACCACAAAGAUUUCCAUCUAUGCAAUUAUCUUAUGAACAAAUUGAAAAAUAUAAACAAUUAGGUAUUAAAGCUUAUCGAGACUCCACUUUAUUUUUGAAUUCAAAAAAUUGGAAAAAAUAUAAAGUAAGCGACGACGAUGUAGUUUAUGUCCAAAAUGUUCAAGGAAUUGGAAAAAUUUAUAAAUUAGCUUGUAAGGUAAAUGUAGCAGCUAGCUUUUUAUUCGAAGAACUCUACCAUAAUGUAGAUAAAAUGACCGAAUGGAAUACAACUUUAUUAGAAUCACACAAAGUUCAAAUUAUUGAUCAACAUACAGAUAUAACCUAUCAAAUUUCAAAAAGCGCUGCUGCAGGUUAUAUUUCAAGUAGAGAUUUUGUUACCCUUCGAAGGUGGCAACAUCAAAGUAAUUGUUAUGUUAUUGCUAGUGUUGGGGUUGAACUUCCAAUAAUUCCUCCCAAUGACAAAUAUAUAAGAGGAUGGAAUGGUGCUGGUUGUCAAAUAAUAACUGGCUGUACAACAGGAUCAUGUAAAUUAGAAUGGAUUUUGAAUUCCGAUCUGAAAGGAAAAAUACCAACGAUUGUUUUACAAAAAGCUUUUGUGAACAUGAUGUUUGAAUAUAUAAAUAAUUUACGGAGUCAUUUAAUACAACGUAUCGAUAGUCUUUAAAUAGAUGAAAAAGAACCGUUUAAUAAAAUAAUUUAAGUUUUUUUGACUGAUUUAUAAAGUUUAUGAAUGAGUUUAAAAAAAUUAAUGUCAUUUUGUAACCGAUUUAUUUAUAUUUAAUGCACACACAUUGUGAUAAUCUUUAAUAUGAGGUUAUAAAUGAAAUAUUUAGGUGCAUAGAAAGUGUUCGAAGAAAAUAGCAAAACUGUGAUUCGCUUUAAAAAAGUUAACCUAAACACAUACAUUUUAAAUUAGAUAUAUCGUACGGUUAUUUUAUAUUUCCAAUUUAAGAGCUUAAAGCAUUACUAUUUAAAAAAACUUAAAAUUAAAAAUAAAAUUUGAAUUCU